AUGUUUAAUUUCAAAUCAUACACAAAACCAUCAUCAAACCAGUGUUCACCAAACUUCUCAGGUGUUCAAUAUGAGCAGAUGUUGACAAGCGUACUAGCUCUACCAGUACUACCAGCCACUCGUGAAUUAGAAAUGCCUUUCAGCUCCCAAUUCAUGAGUCUUGGGUUCCAAACUAGCGGUGAACCAUGGCUAAAUGGAUGUUCUGGACUCCCAUAUAAUUAUGUUUUGGGAGAUAAAACACUAAAUGAGUUGAGCUCCAAACUGAACAUCACAAAUUCCAGUAACGUGUCUGAAGACACCCAUCAUGACUCAAACACAGGAUCUUCAGACCCUUCAGGACAAUUUGAAAUCAAAUUUACUUCUGAAAAAUCAGAGAGGAUUCAGUCAAGAUCUGACAUCUUAGUUGGCCAAGACCAAAACACAAAAAUUAAACCAUCAGUUGCACUUCCAGAGGAUUGUCAGAUCUUCAAGGGAGCCACUGUUGUUGAUAUGAGUGAGCAGGAGAAGGAAAAGAAAGGCCUUACAGGCCUCUCCUUCAAGUUGCUCAAGAUCCUCAACGCUGAAACCCAAAGGAAGAAGACCAAGUUCCUCUGUACCUACAGAUCAUGAAGGAAAGUUUGUGCUAACAAAUGGACUUUUAUUGAUCAUAGCCGUCACCACACUGGUGAGAAGCCAUAUGAAUGCAAAAUCUGAGGGAAGAACUUCACUCAGAGGGGCAACCUCAAACAACACAUGGAUACCCAUUCUUAAA